CAAGGGAGAGCUAGCGCAAAGCCUUUGAAGGCCUGCAGGGAGCCGUCGCGGGCGGGAGCACCGGCCCGGCAUGGCCCCGGACUUGCCAUCGGGCUGACCCAGCCCCAAACAACAGCGAAGGGCAGCCGCCGCCAGACCAAGGAAGCUGUGAGGGGCAGCCUGGGCGCCGCCGCCGCGCGCCGCGAGGAUGGACUGGGACUCCUGGGCCGCGGAUAUAGCAAGAGAGGACUCCGUGGUCUCGCGGGGUUCCCUCCGCAGUCGCUCGAGGUCGCCGUCGCCAUUACGGGACGCGUCGUCGCCGGUUGGGAGACUAAGGAGGGUGAAGCUGCCGCCGUCUCGCGAAAGACCUCUCAGCCCGACGAGGGAAGAACUAGUCCUACUCUCAACGCCACAUCGACAGCAGCAUCGGCGGCGACGGAGGACGCCGCCCGCCGGGAGGCUCGAACCUUUGUACGUAGCAGAUCCGAACGAGCCCCCGGAGCUAGCGGCCAUUCGGAGGGAUCGAGCCGUGAAGGGCGCCCCUGGUCUGUACGGCGCUCCAGCAGACCAAGAAAUAGUGCAGCCGCCGCGAAUCCCGUCGCCGACGCACGACGUCGAGAAUCAGGCAUCGACGGACAGUUUGUACCGCGGCCGGAAGAAGAAGAAGCGGCGGGGAGAUAGAUCAAGGAGUCCGUCCCGCGAUAGACUCGCUCAAUUCUCAAAGCCGAAGCAGACCGUCGACGCUGCUUUGGCGCUGAAGGACGCCUGGGCCGCUGGCGCAUCACGAGGGGCUUAUUUCGACCAGUUGACGUCGAUAGAACAUGUGAGGGACUCGCUACCUAUUAGCUUUCUGAUCGAGACGGGCCAGCACAAGGAAGUACUCAGACGACGUUUGUCCUAUGCUCUAUCAAUAUAUAGAAGAGAAAGGCUAUAUAAUUACCGGCUCAUCUGGGACCGCUGGUGUCAUGGCGUCAAGUUCUUGCGGAGCCAGGAGUUCGUGGCCAAAGUGAUCGUGAAGGCGCGGCAUGAUGCGAUCAAUCGGUGGUAUCGGGUGCUGGAGAUGUCGUGCGACUUAGCUUGCCAAAGACGUAUUAGAAUUUGGCAUAGACACAUGAUUUUGUUGAGAAGGGCCGAGCGACGGAGGCUACGGAACGCGGCUGCUAGAGUAUUGCAGAAGUUUGUUCGUCAGACGCUAGCGCGGUGGGCCGGUCGGAGAUUGCUCUUCAAGCUUAAAAGACGGCGAGAGCACGCCGAUGCUUGUGCCUUGCUGACUAUUGCUACAUUUCAAAGACAGCAGUUCCGAGCGGCGCGACUUGUCCGGUCAAGGACUCUAGCUGAUCGCUCAUAUACGAACGCGUGUGUGAUACAGCAUCGCGUGCGGCUACGAUUAGCUCGCAUCGAACUAGCGCGAAGAAUCAGACAAAAACAACUAGAUCGCGAGGCCGCCGCCGGCCUCACAUUGGGCAAGUUCAUGCACUUCCUCAAGGCGGACAAAUCGCGAAGCAAUAGGAUGUCGGCCAACCUAGUAAGGUGGCGCGAGAAAAAACUCAUGUCCAAGAAAGGUGCGUUGACCCACGAGGAAAUCGCCGAGCGCCAGUCGAAGAUUGAUGAAUUACAUGCCCAAAUUGCGGAGCGGCGCAGGAGAGCUCUGGAGCUGCGCGAGGCCAAAUCAAGGGAGCUCGACCGGAUGCGCCUCGUGCGGAAAGACGCGGCUAGAGCAGCAGCGGCCGGUGACGGGUUCGACGAAGCAGCAUUAGCUGGAGGGGAUCUAGCCGCGGCCGCCGAGCAGGCCGAGCUCGAGGAAUUGAGAAGGUUAGAAGCUAUGUUAGCUCACGAGGAAGAGAUGAGGCGUUUAAGAGCGGAGUACUCGCCCCCGCCGCCGCCUCCAUUAACAAAGCCGGUGUUUGUGGACCAUUCCGACACGUCCAUCACUAUCAAGGUAGACGGUGGUCAAGAUGUCAAGCUAGAGUACAACAAGGUCGGAAGUAUAACACAUACAAUUGACGCGACUAUUCUACCCUUCUUCGGCGGAACAACUACCAUUGUGGGAUUGGAGCCGGCUUCCCAAUACAUAUUUCGGUUAACGAGGAAUGAGGAGCGCGGCCCCGUCCUCACGGCGGCGACGCACCAGGCUCCGGAAAUUUGCGCCGUCAUGCUCCAGAAGCGCGUGCGGACCUGGAACAUGCGCCAGAUUCUCGUGCUCAAAAGGAAAGCUAGAGAAGCUUACCUAGCUCUAUUCUACGACAAGUGCGAGCUACUUGCUGAAAUGAUCGCGGCUGCGGUUCUUAUCAAGACGUACCGUAAAGUGCUCCUGUAUCGAGACUGGAAAUGGGCCGAGUCGGCCUCGGCGGACGCCGUCGCUCUCCUAGCGAAGAACUACCUGUUUAUGCUGCUGAGCGACGAGCACAAGGCCAAGUCGGUAACGAGGGAUGCUGCAGCGAGGUACGAGCAGCGCAUCUGGCGCGACCGCAUGCGUCGUAGAUUAGAUUGGCACAAUAGAACAGCAUUGAAGAUUCAAGUGGCACUGUACAUGUGGCUUUCGCGUUUACGAGUCCAGUACGUUAGAGACGAGCACGACGCGUUUGUCCGACGGACUUCGGCGGCCGAUGUCAUCACGCACUUCUGGCAUCGGACGCUGCAACGACGCGUGUUAGCUCUAAGGUUCGACGCGAACGAUCUUGAGCAUCGUAGUAAAGCGCAGACUGUGGCUACGAGUGCCGCCGUGUGUCUACUGAGGAGGGCGCUCGAGAGACGUAGAUCACAGAGGUAUAUUCAAAGAAGAAUAGACGGUUCGAGAGCUUUGCGGGAGGUUGAGAAACGAAGACAACGUCGUAAUGAUGCCGUGGCAUUGAUCUCCAAGAACUAUCGGAGGCACUGGGACCGGAAACACACGUAUUUGCGACUCGUAGCCUACAUUCAACGGAGGAAUGUGAAGAAACGCCAUGCGAAGCGCGAUCGCAUGUCGCGGCUCGUCGCGAAGCACUGGUUCGCGAUGAAGUGGCGGUACAACCAGCCCCUGAGAAUAAUUGCGAGGCGACGCGUGGAGAACAACGAACGAAUGUGUGCGGAGGUCGUCGAGCAGGUGCGUCGCGACGACGCGGCUCUCGUGUUCCGACGAGCGAUCCGACGCUGGCUCGACUGGAAAUAUCUGUGUAGACGCUUCGACGCGCAGCGCGAGAGACUUGACUUGGAGGAGACGUUACGAGAACGCUUAGAGAGUGCGGAGUGCAUCCAGCGGAACUGGUUGGCUUAUCUGGAGAGAUGCGCCGAGCGGGCUCGAGUCCUAGCUCUCAGGGACCGGGACGCGCGACGCGAAGAACUAGAACUGCAGGAAGACGCGGCCUUUCAAAUACAACGAUGUGUGCAAUGUUAUCUAUUUAACAGAUUGCUCGAGCUACGGUUCCAGGCCGCCGCCCAGAGGUUAGACGCCGAGAGAGAACAAAGACGCAGAGUCGAGGCGGCUAGACACGAGCGGCGAGACGCGGAGAAGGCCCAGGAGCUCGCCGAACAAGCGUUAAAACAGGUCGAGCUGAGUAGCUGGAAGAUGGGCGCCGACGAGGAGGGCACGAACUACUACUACAACUGGGUCACGGGCGAGUCGAGCUACGAGAAGCCGGAGGGCUGGUACCCGCCGGCCGAGGAGGUUUGGUUGCGGCGUCCCGUACUCGCCUCCAUCUCACUUCCAUGAGAGUGGUCUCGUUUUCGAGUUCGAGGCCGUUCGGACCGCGUCGAGCGACCGCGAUGCCCGAAGCGGCUCAAAUUCGGACCAGAGACCACCCAUCGCCUUCUCUGAUGGACACGACGCGCGUCGACCGUCGAACGACCGCGAUGCGCCGCGCAGGUCUGGAUCAAGCAGACCGACGCGAAAGGGAACGUCUACUACUUCAACCAAGAUACCCUAGAAAGCGCCUGGUUCCCGCCCUGCAUGGUUUGUAUGAGAUUGGAGGCGAAGAAGGUCUGUUUCUCGUGUCCCGAUGCUGGAGUAGAUGGGUUGUUUUACUGCAACGAGUGCUUCGAGAAGGUCAGUGACUCAGCGUGGUUUCCUUCCAUUUCUCAACUUGAACUCGCGUCGAUGGCGUCCUCGCGACGCCACGAUGGCGUCGUCAUGAUCACACGAGAGCCUGCGCGUCGCGUGAGCGAGCUCUGACGGUAUCGAUCCACGCAGGCCCACGACGAAGACGCUGUUAAUGAACAUAAUUGGCGGGGCGCGGACCAAGAUAAAGAGGAGCUGAAAUCAGGCGAGAAGCAUUGUCUCGUGUGCGGCAAGGCCAAGGCGUCAGUGGUGUGCAAGGUCUGCCGGGACGAAUAUUGCGACAAGUGCUUCGCCGAGACGCAUAGCCACGGCCAGCUCAAGGAACACCCGACGAUACCCUACCUCGAAGCAAAACAGGGCUGGCAGAAGAUGGUCGGCCGCGUGGCCGGCGAGCAGACGUACUACUACAACGUGAGUACGGGCGAGACGCGCUACGACAAGCCCGAGGAGUUUAUGUUGGAGGACGAAUUAAGGGAGCACCACAACUUCCUGAAGUUCCAGCUGGCGGCCGAGACGCAUGCGAAGAAAGUGGGGGAGCUCCAGGUGCGCUCGCGGCGUCCGAAUGCACUCGAAAUCACAUCUGGUGGACCCGACGCGCGUCGACCGAACCGCGACGCGCCGCGCAGGUCGAGGUCGAGCGGCUCCAGUACGAAAAGGACACCACUAUGUACAACCUGUCCAAAGCCAAGACCAAGGACCAGGAGGAGCUUGAAGAAUUAAGACGGUUGCUCAUGGAGGACCAGUCGAAGCUGGGCUUCAUGGGGAAAUACGGGAAGCUGCUCGCGAACCCCUACGGCUACUGGAGGGAGCAGCGCGAUCGUAGGUUGCAGAAGCGCAAGAUGUACCGGAAGAUGCUUUUACUUAAUAAACGUGAAAGAGAAGCGGCGUUCCACGACAAGGAUACGGUCUUCGCGCCGUCCGAGGAGAAGGUCGAGAGGAAUAGCAAAGGUCUGGCGGUCGUGGACAACCUCGAGUAUAAGAAGUAGCAUUGUGAA